AUGUCCGAAAAGCGACCAGCUUCCGAUGAACCCGAAGGCCAGCUCGUCGUUAAGCGGCAGAAUGUGGGCUCUAGUCGCGCCGUCACACGCUCCAGCGCGACUGGGUCCAGCAGCGCGCUCAUCCAAGCGGCGCCACGGACUAGCGACCUGCAAGCUCCUUUGAUGGAGCUUUCUGGACAUUCUGGCGAGGUCUUUGCAGCGAAAUUUGACCCGACAGGGAACCUUAUAGCUUCCGGGUCUAUGGACCGGACAAUAAUGCUGUGGAGGACAUACGGUGACUGCGAAAACUACGGCGUGCUCAACGGACAUCGCGGCGCAAUCCUCGACCUCCAAUGGUCACGCGACGGGGACAUUCUCUUCUCAGCAUCCGCCGAUAUGCAUCUCGCAAGCUGGGAUCUCACGACGGGUCAAAGGAUACGGCGAUACAUCGGGCAUGAGGAAAUCAUCAACGCGAUGGAUAUCAGCAGACGCGGCGAAGAGCUGCUCCUUAGCGGGAGCGACGACGGGACGAUUGGCAUUUGGGAUCCCCGGACCAAGCAUGCCGUCGACUACAUCGAGACCGACUUCCCCAUUACGGCUGUUGCCAUGUCGGAGGCGGGCAACGAGAUAUACUCUGGGGGCAUAGACAAUGACAUCAGGGUGUGGGAUAUCCGGAAGAAGGCCCUGGUCCACUCCAUGCUCGGCCACCAAGACACUAUAACAUCGUUGAGGGUAUCACCGGAUGGUCAACAGUUGCUUUCUUAUGCCAUGGAUUCAACCGCGAGGACAUGGGAUAUCAGGCCGUUCGCCCCCGCAGAGCGGCAUAUUCGCACCUUUGACGGGGCACCGCUCGGGCUUGAGAAAAACCUGAUUCGCGGUAGUUGGGAUUCGGAUGGGAAGAAGAUUGCGGUUGGAGCUGGGGACGGGACUGUCGUUAUCUGGGGUAGCGACUCGGGCAAGCUGCUUUAUAAGCUGCCUGGUCACAAGGGGACAGUUAACUGCGCUGAGUUCGCACCGGGGUCGGCUCCCAUUAUUCUCUCCGCCUCUUCAGACCGUACCAUGUUGCUAGGCGAAUUAAAAUGA